GGAAGUGAUUAUUCUAUAUUGUUUAAACUUGAUUAUUACGUAAUAAUAACCCCAAUAUCAUUUUUGUAUAUGUUAAACAGAAUAUAAUAAAGUACAUUAUGACGUCAAAUGACGACAACAAUCCCCAUAGUUUCCAAACAGAAGAGGAAUAUAGCAUUAUAAGUCGACAACAUCAAGCGGCCGCUCAACUCGACGAUCCGGAAACAUCUUCACUGAGGUUAAGUCUAAACAUCGACGAUUCGGAACAUCUUAUGACAUCACACCAGGCGUUGGCUACGGCGUACGAACACGUCAAACGUAGAAUCGCUGAUGUGGAACUAACGAACAAAACUUUACAGAAACGACUCAACCGACAUAAUGGUUCCACGGAUCAAAGUUUACCGCCGUCCUCUGUCACUUAUGAUGUCACAAAGGCGUGGGAGGCGUACAAAGAUAAAUGUUUGGAAUGUGAAAGUUUGCGGGAGGAGUUGAGGACGAUGGAACAGCGAUUGUUAAAAUCCCAGAACGUAUUGAAAGUUUCUUCCACUAAAGAUGAGUUACUACGUGCACAAUCAUUACAUGACAGCCUCCUGAAAAAGUUACAACAAUCGGUUUUGGAAACCAACGAGGUUAAGAACAAAGAAAUAUUGGCAAGGGAGGAAUUGGAGAAAGAGAAGGAAUAUCAUGCGGAAGUGAUGCGAGCUACCGAGGCAAAACAUCAUACGAUGCAACGAACCAUCGAUACAUUGCAACAUAAUGAACAACAACUGACCCAGAGACUCUCGGAAAUGUUGAAGGAAAACAACAUUUUACGAAAAUCAAGCGAAUCAGCGGCACACGAAGCCGAGUUGAAAUAUCAAAGUAUUAUUCAUGAACUUGAAGGCAAAGUAUUGGAGGGCCAACAACAUCGUUGCCGGCUGGAGGAGGAGGUGUUAGAAUUACGUGGGUUGGUGGAUGCUGGGGGCGGUGUCAGCGACCAGGAAGCGGUCGAGUUAGUGUCCGAACUUGAAAGUUUAACCAACGAGAUAAAGUCGUUGAAGCGGCAAGCCUCCCAACACUCGAUGGCGUUGUUGUCGAUGAACGAGAUGUUUACGAACGGACACACCCCACCUAGUGGCAGGGAGGUGGGGAAGUCCAUGGUGGUGAUUUCCCCAAUCGAAGAAAGUAUGACAUCAUCAGGCGUGACAUCAUCAAAUAUGACAUCAGCGUGUAUUACAUCAUCAAACACAGACCCCAACCAUACAGGAGCUGAUUCCCCCACCCCCCAACUACGAUACCCACCACCCCAUAUAUGGACAGGGGGUAAUUCGCAAACGACCAUAGUUUGGCCCCCCAAUUCAAGUUUAGAGAAUUCCCCUGAUGACAUCACCACAACGACGCCAGAGACACAUUCGAGAACAUCUUCCGAUAAUGAAACGUCACAAAUGGCUUGUUACGUCACAGAGGAACAAUUAUCACGCUUCUGUCCGGUUUGUAACAAACCUUUCCCUUUAUCUGCGUCGGAGGCGGAUAUGACGUCACAUAUCAACGGACAUUUCAGUCAAGAUGACGACGCUGAUGACGUCACAAUACUACCGUUACAAUCGCGAUGACGAAACAAUGAAUAUUUAUAUUUAUUUGAAAUAAUUUUAAUUCACAUUCACACGUCACAAUCGGGUAUAUUACGUCACUUAAUAUAUUAAGUUAAAACUUUUUGACAAAU